AGUCGACCUGCACACCUAAUCUCUAAUACGCCAGACACACCACCAUGGCGAAGUUACCGAGGCCACUGCGGGCGAUACCCACGACGAAAGCGGUGCCAGUCAGACGCGCGCUUCCUCUGAACAGGAAAACACCGCAGCAACUUCCAUACGAUCUCUCGAAGCCAGACCCCAAUCAGACACCAGAACAGGCGAUUCGAAAGGUCUGGGCAGCGCGACCGAAGUUGAGAGACCUACAACGACUAUCGGACGAGCAAUUGGCAUCUGAACAACACCAGGCGAAGCUGCGGAGAUGGAGACAAUGGCCCAUGUUUGGUGUCGGACUGGUCGCAUUUGGACUCGGAAUGUACGGUGUAAUGCUGUACGUCUCGUUGGCACGCGAUGUUGACGUCAAGGACCUGCCAGCGGACCUUACAGACCGGUUCGACAAGGAAGCUGAGGGCUACGACGAGAAGGUCGAUACUUCAGAAACGCUGCUGCUGCUCACAUCGAAGCGUAAGAAGCUCACCAAGCUGGCAAGAGGGCAUGUGCUGGAGGUGGCCGUGGGGACCGGCAGGAACAUACCAUACUACAAGACGAAGCAAUGCGCAACAGUAACAUUGCUCGACUCGAGUGCGCCCAUGUUGGAAGUUGCGAGGCGGAAGUGGAACGACACGCACAAGGAGUACUUCAGCCGGGUCUUCUUCAAGCGGCAAUCCGCUCUAGACCCCAUCACACCGCCAUUUGACGCCCAAGACGGCUACGACACGAUCAUUGAAACAAUGGGGCUCUGCUCAACGCCAGAACCCGUGAAGCUGCUGCAGAAUAUGGAGGCAUGCACCAAGGAAGACGGGCAGAUCUUGCUUCUGGAGCACGGCAAGUCGCAUUACAACUGGCUCAACAGUUUGCUGGACCAGACGGCGCCAGCCCACGCCGACGAGCAUGGGUGCUGGUGGAACAAGGACAUUGGGAAGAUCGUUGAAGAGAGUGGGCUCGAAGUCGUGAACAUCAAAAGGUACAACUUCGGCACGACAUGGUGGUUAGAGCUGAAGCCCCGGAAGGGUCUACGGAAGAAGAUAGCCGAAGUUGCAACUGGUGAGCAGCCGCUUGUGCCGCAGACCGAGUCCUCGGUGACACAAAAGCCGUGGUGGUCGCUUUGGCGAUGAGAUGUCGACUUUGCUGUGUCACGUCCUCCGCAUCCGUGACGUUAGGGAUGCGGGGAGGCUGCAGCAAACCGCAAUUUGAUAAAUUCCAUUCUGCCAUUCUGGAUAGAUGGAGGCUUGGCUGUAAGAACAGAGUUCUCGCACGCAGCGCUUGCUCGUUGCUGGUGUGCUUGUCGACAUUCCAGCGACGUCAACUUUUGUCGUGCUCUCUGCUUUGAAGGAGGGGUUGAUCUGAGAUCUCCCGAGGGUUGGGUACAACCAGCAGGUAAAGCGAGUUCGCCGGUAACAAUACGAACAAUAAACAUCAUUCU